AUGCAUGUCCUGGAUUCAAGUCACCUUUUACCACUGCUAUCUGUCUAUCUAUCUAUCUAUCUAUCUAUCUAUCUAUCUAUCUGUCUAUCAAUCUAUCUCAGUCUGUUCAUAUGUAUCUAUCUAUAUCAGUCUGUUCAUAUGUAUCUAUCUAUCUAUGUCUAUUCAUAUGUAUCUAUCUAUCUAUCUCUGUUCAUAUCUAUCUCUGUCUGUUCAUAUUUAUCUCUGUUCAUAUCUAUCUAUCUAUCUAUCUAUCUAUCUAUCUAUCUAUCUAUCUAUCUCAGUCUGUUCAUAUCUAUCUAUCUGUCUAUUCAUAUGUAUCUAUCUAUCUAUCUAUCUCUGUUCAUAUCUAUCUCUGUCUGUUCAUAUCUAUCUCUGUUCAUAUCUAUCUAUCUAUCUAUCUAUCGUCUUCAUAUCUAUCUAUUUCUGCUUAUAGCUAUCAUUCUACUCCUAUCUAUCUAUCUAUCUAUCUAUCUAUCUAUCUAUCUAUCUAUCUAUCUAUCUAUCUAUCUAUCGUCUUCAUAUCUAUCUAUUUCUGCUUAUAGCUAUCUAUCUAUCUAUAUAUCUAUCUAUCUAUAUAUCUAUCUAUUUCUGCUUAUAGCUAUCAUUCUACUCCUAUCUAUCUAUCUAUCUAUCUAUCUAUCUAUCUAUCUAACUUAG